GUUGGAAGUCUGCCCUUCCUUCUGCUUUCAUAAACUUGGGCAAAUCCUGCUGAUUUUUUUUGUUUGUUUGUUUUAAAUAUUGUUCUAUUCCUCAUGAAGCGACUCUCUGAUCUGUGGGGCUGAUGCUUAUGCUCUGAGCUCAGCAUGAACUGAAGAGUCUCUCUCCAUUUCUGUAGCAUUGGCAAGGGUGUGCCAAGAUGAACACAGAGCUUGGAAGCGCUCUCAUCAGGAUCAACCCUUGCUGUCCGUUUUAUUUUAUUAGACUGUGCAGGAGGACAGCUAUGCUGCUGCUGCUUCUCCAGCCAGGGGCAUGCUUGACAUGCCCCCUGCCAGCUGCUGCUGGCUCAGAGGGGCAGGGUCUGCUCUCCGUUGAUUCUUCUUUUGAGUCUAUUUCUUGAAGGUGCCGUGUGGCCAAUCUGUAUUUUAGGGUGUUGCUCCCCCGCUACUCUGGCUUGGAGUGUCUGUGUAGUGUGGCUGACCCGGGUGGCCAUUGCUUAAGGGAGCAAACAUAUUUUCAUUGUAACUUUUUUUUUUUGUCACUGCCUGUGUAGUUUUCCUUUUCCCUUCCCUUUCCUGGCUAAAUAGACUCAGUCUGGAAAUGAAUACAAUCCAUGAAGUCCAUAUGAAAUAUGUGUUCCCUUUCUCCUUCUGUCUUACCUUUGGAACAGUGGGACUGUUCAUAUGUUUGAAAGCUGAGCGCAGGUAAGAGCACAGAAUUAAGGCAAUGGUGAUGUUCCUCAGGUAGGGCAGCCCUUGUCCUUGCACAGAAGGAGUAGCAGGAGGUACCCCAUACUCUACACUGAGGUUGGUUCACCUGCCUGCAUGUUGGUGUUAACUACCUGCACUUGUCUUUUGGGCUUCUGAGAAUCAACACCUCUCUUUAGAGUAAUAAAAAGUAAUAAUUCCCUUCACUUGGCGCUGAUUGUUUUCUCCUCAGUUGUAGUUGAAGGAAGGUGUUCAUCCUUGCUCCAGCCCUUACAUUGGCUGUACCAUACAGAGUGCCAGGAGCAGGAAAGGAGAUGGACUUAGCUCAGCAGCUACCAUCAAUUAAGAGGUGGUGGGGAGGGCAGCACGUGCCCUGUAUGCUUGUCCCAUAUGAUGUAGGAGCUGCUGGUGUUUGCUCACGUGGUUUGCAGGCAGUGCUUACAGAGAAGAAAGGAUUUGAGGCAGUGGAUGGAAAUGUGUGGUACGUUCCAGCUCUACAUGCACGCAUUCUCUACUUGAAUUCUGCCACACUGUGGGCCUGUCUAUGGUGCCCACAGCUGAGGGAAAGGGAGCACCUUCAGGUGACCAGCGUCUGCGUCGCUCUGGAAAAGGUUGCCUGAAGGCUAAAAGCGAGGGAUAUUUUCUAAGCCAAAACUCUGUAUCUGAGUCAGUAAAAAGAAUGGAAUGGAGGCUGUGAUGGCAGCAUUCAGCUCUGUGCUAAGGCUGGGCCCUGCCUCCUUUACCUGCUCCCUUUUUAUUCCUGGCAACACCUGGAAACAGAAGUGUUACUGAGAGCUAGAAGGAGCAAGCAAGAAGUGAAACAGUUUGUAAUUUCUACAGUCCCAACCCUCCUAUGGCUCUCGUGUGGGAUCCUUGAGCACUUGCUGCUCUGGAAUGUGAAAAUCAGGCUGAGGUGGGGGUGAAUGCAGUGCUGCUUCGGCCUGCCUUGUGCACCAAACCCCGAAGGCAGCGCUAUAUUUAAUUCGAACUUCCUAAGCGCAGCAAAGCAGCGGUGGCAGAGGGCGGGAAAAGCUCUGGCUGCAUGCAGCGAUCCUGGGGAAGUCUGUGAGCGGUAGUAAUGAGAGAGAGGAGGACUGGACUCCUUGCGGGCAGAGCUAAACCAUUUUGCCCCGCAGCCGACUUCCCAACUCGCCGCUUUCAGCCGCCCAGAAUCCCAGCCCCGUAAGGUGUAGAGGAGGUGACGGCUGAGCCGCUGCCUCCUCCCCCUUUCCUGGCUGCUUCCAGCCAGCGCUGCUGGGAAAGAGGACACAACGCGUCCCAUUCAGUGCUUGCUUUUGCAAACACCGGCGCAGGCACGGAGAGGCGGGCGGUGUUGCAGGAGCCGGGCAGCCGCAGGACGCAACAGCUUCCCCCUCGUUCCUUGCCGUCUCUCGAGGACCUGGUACCCGCUGCGUGAAGCCCGAAAGGUGUGUGGAAAAGAGGGGGAGGGCAGCGCUGGUGUGCAGCCACAGUCCCGGGGCCGCUGAGUCGCCGGGGGGAUGUGACCGUAGCGCGAGGGCAGAGCCGGGAUCGGGGUGGGAGGCUGGACGGCACGGUGGCUCCCAUGUGUUGAGCCCUGUCGACCUCGACCCCAUUGCACGACGGUGGUGGAGUCCUCUGUGCUCCCCCUAGCCCUGGCCCCUGUCCGCUACCCCCCGAUGAGGCUCACUGACGCCUGGCCAAAACCAACCCGCUCCUUGCUGCCGCUGAACAGAGCUGAGCAUUAUUCCACAGCGCGGCUGGAGGAGCUCUGGGCGCAGCGUGGCGGCUCAGGACGGCUGCUCAAAGCCAGUGCUUCGUGUGUGCCGGAACAAGCGGCUGUCCCAUCAGUUCCCACCGAAGCCGAUACUGUUUGGAGUGAGAAAAGCAUUGCUGCCAUCCCUCACCACUACCUCUCCUCGGCCUCAGGUGCCCCCAGCAUGGGGCUGCUCCUGCUGGCACUGGUGCUGGCUCUGGCACUGGGAAGGACGGUAGCAGCCCGCUGCCCUGCAGUCUGCGUCUGUGACAACCUCCGUGCACACGUCCUGUGCCUCAGGCAGAACCUGACAGCCAUACCUGACACCAUCCCCGAGCUCACCAAGCAGCUGGACCUGCGGGGCAACAGCUUCAAGGUGAUCACAGCCGGAGCCUUCCUCAGCACGCCCUACCUCACACACUUGGACCUGAGCAACAGCCAGCUGGAAAGGGUGGAGGAAGGGGCCUUCCGGGGGCUGGGGCGGCUGCUUCACCUCAACCUGGCCUCCAACAGCAUCGCUGUCCUCUACCAGGAGGCCCUGGAUGGGCUGUCCUCCCUGCAGCAGCUCAUCCUGCGGCAGAACAACCUGGAGGAGAUGCAGCCAGGUGCUUUUAGCCGGCUGGCGUCCCUCACCCUCCUCGAUCUGAGGGAGAAUGCCUUGGUCUACCUCCCAGACAUGGUCUUUCAGGGCCUGCAGAGCCUCAGGUGGCUCCGGUUGUCCCACAACGCCCUCCACGUGCUGGGCAGUGAGGCCUUCACAGCUCUGCCUGCCCUGCGCAGGCUCAGCCUGGACCACAACGAGCUGCAGGCACUGCCCAGUGAUGCUCUGGCACGGCUGAGCGAGGCCACACGGCUGGAGCUGGACCACAACCCCAUCACCUACCUGGCCGAGGAGGCUGUGGCCAUGGCCUCCCUCCAGCACCUCUCCUUAGAGCAUGCGGCCCUGCAGGACGUGGCACCUGAUGCCUUCUCCCGCAGCCCCCUGCUGAGGACGCUGGAUCUGGCACACAAUCAGCUGCAGGGGCUCCCCGCCUUAGUGGGGGUUGGGGGGCUGGUGAGGAUCAGCCUGGACGGGAACCCCCUGCUCUGCUCCUGCCUCCUGCUCCCCUUCCACCGCUGGAUGGGGCGGGCAAGAGUGCAGACAGAGGGGACCUGCGUGGCCCCCCCAGCCCUUCAGGGCCGACCACUUGACUCCCUGCGGCCCUCUGAGAUGAAGUGUGGGCAGCCCCAGGUGCCCAUCCCCAAUCCCACCGUGCCCUCGGUGCAGACUGGGGGAACCACGAGUGGGCCAUGUCCCACGGGCUGCACCUGCUCUCCUGAAUUCCACCAUGCAAACUGUGAGAACAGAGGCCUGCGGAAGAUCCCUCGUGGCUUCCCCACAGACACCCAGCUCCUCGACCUACGCCGAAAUGCUCUGGGCAUGGUGCCUAUGGGUGCCUUCCUGGGCCUAAAGGCACUGGUGUCCCUCCAUCUGCAGAGCUGUGGCAUCACAGAGCUGCACCCCGGGGCGCUGCGGGGUCUGCCCAGUUUGGUCUACCUCUACCUCUCUGACAACCAACUCAGCACCUUGGUGCCCACUGCCUUUGAGGGAGUCCCACAGCUCUCCUACCUGCACCUGGAUCACAAUGCCUUCAUGCAGGUGCCCUCGGGUGCCUUCCAGCUCCUGCCCAACCUCUUCUCCCUCCACCUUCAGCAUAAUGCCAUUGGGGAGCUGGCCAAAGGUGACCUGGCAGGGUUGGCAGGGCUGCGCUGGCUGAGCCUGGCUGGGAAUGUCAUCAGGAGCAUUGGCCCCACUGCCCUGGCUGCCACCAAGAUGCUGGAGAAGCUGCACCUGGAGAGGAACUCCCUGAAGGAGGUACCCACAGCCUCCCUGCACCACCUGCCUGCCCUGAGCGAACUGAAGCUGUCCCAAAACCCCAUCAAGCACAUCAGGGAUGGCGCCUUCCUGCCGGUAUCUGGAAGCCUACAGCACCUCUAUCUAGACAACAUGGGGCUGGAGAAGAUUUCCCCCAGUGCCUUUGCUGGACUUGGACCCAAGAUCAAAAGCCUACAUCUGGAGAGCAACAAAAUGAGCAGCAUUCCUGUCAUGAGCAACUUCACAAGGCUGGAAAUCCUCAAUCUGAGGGAUGUGCCUUUCCACUGCGACUGCCGGCUGCUACCACUGUACAGGUGGAUUGAGAAACUCAAUUUGCGCACCGGGGCAACCUGCGCAUCCCCCGCAGAAGCCCAGGGGCAGAAGGUGAAGUUUUCCACCACUUUCCAAAACUGUCCCGGCUGGAGAGCCAGAGGAGCCAGUGCUGACAAGGCUAAGGCUGCAAGAAAGCCCAGCAAGAGGAAGAGAUCAGAAAAACCACCAUCCAAAGGCUUCAGGAAAAACAAAGCUUAGGAAACGCAUGCAAAGUGCUACAGGGCUGUACCUACAACAUGGCCAGAGCAGUUUUCUGGGCUUGUUCUCGCUGCAGCAACACAGAGCUUGUACAGGGUAUGAAGGAGAGAGCUUGGCCACAGUGGAGUGAUGCUGACCUGUCCUGGCCAAGGAUGGUGGAUGCAAGGUUUGUCUUUGCAAACCACAGAGGCACAUUAUCCUGUAAAGGACUUGCGUGAAAGCUUCCAUAGUGUUCACAAUGUGCUUUAUCUGACGACUCCAACAGCAAAGCCAUAUGCUUACUUAACCUUCACAAGCCUUGAAGAGCCAAGCGGAAAAGCAGGAAUUCACAAGUGUUCUUUCUACUUGACUGCUUUCAAAGGUUCAGAAAUGCUGAAACAGACUGGAAGCAGCUCUAGCACAACAUCCCAUGCUGGUUCAAAUCUUAAGGAGAAAACUUAAAUUUUCAUCAGAGAAAACACUGCCUGAAUUCCCAGCUGCUCCUUAGAAUUAAAACAAGCACAGAUUGAAAUCGUUCUCCUUUUUGCAAAAUUUGAUCAGUAGUUUACCCAUCCCAUUCAUAAGCAGCAUACCUGGCCUAUUCCCUACAACAGUCCGUAGGUUGGCACCACUGGGAGGGGAAGAGAGCAAACACUCUGCUUUUGCCCCAGAACAGGAUCUAAUGCAAACUGGAAAGACUCAGGGCUGGGAGCAGGUACGCAGGGGCAGGUACGCAGGGGCAGGUACGCAGGGGCAGGUACGCAAGGACACCCCCUUCCCUGUCUUCAUUAACAUCCCACAACAAGCCGCUUCCAUAACAGUUUGCUGAUGGCCCUUCUUGGGCCAGAAGUUUCCUCGGAGACUCAGGGAGACAUUUACAGGGCAGACUGCAAUGGCCCAGUUCGCCCAUCAGCUUUGACACCGAUCCUCCACAAUUUUUCCACUUGUGUUUCACUCUCCCUGGUGUUCACUAACUAGUUUUGCCAUCAUUGCCAUUUUAUUAUUACUAUUUUGUCAUGAAGCACUUUCCAAAGCAUGAACUAUUUUGGUACUGCAGGCUCUUGCCUGGAAACUGGAGAGGGGAGCAGGGACAGGGUAGCCAUUUCAUGACUGUCCUGCACAGCUGUCAUUUCCCUGUAGCAUUUGACAAGGCAGAUGUGCUGCAGCCAGACAGGGCCCAUAGCACCAUGGACAGGACAGGCACUUCCCCACCCAUAGAAAGCUCACAGGAAUAUUUAGAAAGCUUCUUGGUCUCUGUUGUCACAUUGAUCUUUCUGAUUUGUUCUGCUC